AUGGCUGAGGAUAAAAGCAAGAGAGGUUCCACUGUAUUAUAUGCGAAGGAAGGCCAGGCAAACAACGGGUUUGUACAAAAUGAAGACAUCCUGGAGACUGACCUGGACCCAAGCAGCCCAGCGGCCGGCCCACAGCACAACACCGUGGACAUCCUUGGCCCUGGGGAGCCCGACGUGAAGGAUGUCCGGCCCUAUGCUGGGAUGCCCAAAGAGGUGCUAUUUCAGUUCUCGGGCCAGGCCCGCUAUCGGAUACCGCGGGAGGUGCUCUUCUGGCUCACUGUAGCUUCCGUGCUCGUGCUCAUUGCGGCCACCAUAGCCAUCAUUGCCGUCUCUCCCAAGUGCCUGGACUGGUGGCAGGUGGGACCCAUGUACCAGAUCUACCCAAGGUCUUUCAAGGACAGCAACAAGGAUGGGAACGGAGAUCUAAAAGGUAUUCAAGAUAAAUUGGAUUACAUCACAACUUUAAAUAUAAAAACUGUUUGGAUUACUUCAUUUUAUAAAUCAUCCCUUAAAGAUUUCCGACAUGGUGUUGAAGAUUUCCGAGAAAUUGAUCCCCUUUUUGGAACAAUGAAAGAUUUUGAGAAUCUGGUUGCAGCCAUACAUGAUAAAGGUUUAAAAUUAAUCAUCGAUUUCAUACCAAACCACACCAGUGAUAAACAUGCUUGGUUUCAAUGGAGUCGGAACCGGACAGGAAAGUAUACUGAUUAUUAUAUCUGGCAUGACUGUAACUAUGAAAAUGGCAUAACCAUACCACCCAACAACUGGUUAAGUGUAUAUGGAAACUCCAGUUGGCACUUUGAUGAGGUACGAAAACAAUGCUAUUUUCAUCAGUUUACGAAAGAGCAACCUGAUUUAAAUUUCCGUAAUCCUGAUGUUCAAGAAGAAGUAAAAGAAAUUAUACAGUUUUGGCUCUCAAAGGGUGUUGAUGGCUUUAGUUUCGAUGCUCUUCAAUUUCUUCUAGAAGCAAAGCAUCUGAGAGAUGAGGCCCAAGUGAAUAAGACCCAAAUCCCGGACACAGUCACUCACUACUCGCAGCUGCACCAUGACUUCACCACCACACAGGUGGGAAUGCACGACAUUAUCCGCAGCUUCCGGCAGACCAUGAAUCAGUACAGCAGGGAGCCAGGGAGAUACAGGUUCAUGGGGACUGAAGCCCAUGGAGAGAGCAUCACCAAGACCAUGGUGUACUAUGGGUUGCCUUUUAUCCAAGAAGCAGAUUUUCCCUUCAACAAUUACCUCAGUAAACUAGACAAGCCUUCUGGCAACAGUGUGUUUGAGGUUAUCACAUCCUGGAUGGAAAACAUGCCGGAAGGAAAAUGGCCCAAUUGGAUGACUGGUGGACCAGACAAUGUCCGGCUGACUUCUCGUCUGGGAGAGAAAUACGUCAACAUCAUGAACAUGCUUGUUUUCACACUGCCUGGAACUCCCAUAACUUACUAUGGGGAAGAAAUAGGAAUGAGAAACAUUUUAACCGCAAAUCUCAACGAAACCUAUGAUGUUGGUACUCUUUUCUCAAAGUCACCAAUGCAGUGGGACAAUAGCUCAAAUGCUGGUUUUUCUGAAGGCAGUCAUACCUGGUUACCCACCAGCUCAGACUACCAUACUGUGAAUGUUGAUGUCCAAAAGACUCAGCCCAGAUCAGCACUGAAGUUAUAUCAAGAAUUAAGCCUGCUUCAUGCCAAUGAGCUGCUCCUCAGCAGGGGGUGGUUUUGCUACUUGAGGAAUGACAACCACUCUAUCAUGUACACAAGAGAGCUGGAUGGGAUAAACAGAGUCUUCCUCAUGGUUCUGAAUUUUGGAGAAUCAUCACUGCUAAAUCUAAAGGAAAUGAUUUCAAAUAUUCCCACAAGAGUGAGGAUAAGGUUAAGUACCAAUUCUGCCUACAGUGGCCGUGAAGUUGACACGCAUGCUGUUACACUGGCCAGUGGAGAAGGACUCAUCCUUGAAUACAACACUAGGAAUCUCCUUCAUCGUCAAACAGCUUUCAAAGAUAGAUGUUUUAUUUCCAACAAGGCAUGCUAUUCCAGGGUAUUAAACAUACUGUACAGCUUGUGUUAG